AUGGCCAACAUCACAGCCGAGAGCAUCAGUAAUGCUCCUCAGCCAGAGGCGCCCGGCCAGACUGCGCCACCAGUCGCCCCGUCGAGCGUCGAGACGAAAGCGCCCGAGCAAACUUCAAGCCUCCCGCCCGUCGUCUCCGACCCCGUCAGGACGGCAGAUGCAUCGUUAGUGCCGGUCGCUCCGAUAGAGACAGAGGCCGAAGCUGAGAAGAUAAUUGUGCAACCCGAGAAGUCCGGAAAGACGGCAAGCUCAAUAAUUCCGGAUGUGCAGCCAGCCCACCCUAAGCCCUCGGAGCCGUUGGUUACUAACGGCAAUCCUAAGGGGCAGCCGAAGCCUGUCACCGUCGAAGAGGUCCAAGAUCCCGAGCUGCCUACCGCUAAGCUUACAGAUACCAAUGAUGUCGCCAAGCCCGAGAUCAGCGAGGAGCCAGCCGUGAAUGAACCGACCGCUGCUGCUACCGAGGAGCCCAAGGAUGUCGAGAUGACCGGAAUUUCGCAGUCCGAGAGCGAGGCUCCAAAGUUUAGCGCCAAGUCAGCUUCUACUGAGCCCGCCAACGCUGAGCCCGAGAUUGGUGACAAGCGCAAGGCGGACGAGACAUCCGCCUCCACUAGUGACAAGGCCUCCGAGGUAGAGAAGGAGGUGGAUGAAGCCCCUGCUGAGAAGAAACAGAAGACCAAUGGUGCUGCUACCAACGGCGCCGCGAAGAAAUCUAGAAGGUCCAAGAAGGAGAAGAAGCCUACCCCGGUCCCAGGCAGGACGGCGCGCAAAACUCGCAGCCAGGGUGCUGCAGAGUGA